AUGUUGAGGACCCGUAUUGCUGUCGCCUCCCGUGCCUUUGCUCGAGGCUAUGCCACCGCCAAACCCCCUCAUGCACUCGUAUUUCUAGAGCACAGAGCAGGGGUCAUUGACUCUGGCUCAUUGUCAGCUUUAACGGCGGCUCAGCAGCUCGGGGGUGAGCUUACCGGCUUGGUCCUUGGUGCUCCGGAUGAAGUGAAGGCUGUCGCGGAGGAGGCGCAAAAGCUUAAAGGUGUCAAUACUAUCUUGCACUCUGCAUCUCCUCAGUACGCUACUCCCUUGCCCGAGGUUGUGACCCCGUUGCUGGAGAAACUUCUCUCGGAUUCAUCCCCCUUCACCCACCUUGUGUCUGCUCACUCGUCGUCCGCGAAAUCAAUACUGCCUCGCGUUGCCGCCAGGCUCGAUGUCCCGGCCGUGUCCGACAUAACUAGCGUCCAAUACGAUGCACCUUCUGGCGAAACUACCUUCGUUCGUCCCAUAUACGCAGGGAACGCCAUAUCUACUGUCGUAGCAUCAUCCGACAUACCACUCAAAGUUUUCACUGUUCGGUCAACUGCCUUCGCAGCCGCCGUUCCUGCAGAUGCCAAAGCUGAGCUCAAGCUCGUAGAUCCGGUCGAAAUCAACGACGUUUCGACAACGCACAUCAAGACGUCUCUUACAAAGUCAGACCGACCUGAGCUUGGUGUCGCCAGCCGAAUCGUGUCCGGCGGACGGGCAUUAAAGAACGCUGAGACCUUCGAAAAGACGCUGUAUCCCCUCGCAGACGUUCUGGGUGCGGCUGUCGGUGCAUCACGCGCAGCUGUAGAUGCAGGCUACGCAGACAACUCCCUCCAAGUCGGCCAGACAGGGAAGGUGGUUGCACCUGAACUAUACAUAGCUGUCGGUAUCUCUGGAGCCAUACAGCACUUGGCUGGCAUGAAAGACUCGAAGAUGAUCGUCGCAAUCAAUAAGGAUGCAGAUGCCCCCAUUUUCCAAGUCGCGGAUGCUGGCCUCGUAGCAGAUUUGUUUGAGGCAGUCCCGGAACUUACCGAAAAGCUCAAAUCUGCAUGCAGUCCUUGA